AUGUUCUCGAAAGACAAGGAUGAUUAUCAGUAUGAAGUAAAAUCUGAUCGGUUUCUUCGAUCACUCUUCCAGGAAGUAUCAAAGAAUGUCCGAGCUAACCCUGAACGCAACUUGACAUCAUCGAAUAUCGGUCGUCAAGUACCUGGCCGGCUUCGACCGAAAACCAAGCCAGAGAUGCGAAAAGAGAAGAGAGGCGGUCCUGAGGUUUCCACAGAUUUUGCCAGUUGUAUUUAA